AUGAUAGAAAAAGAAGAAGAACUUCAUUGUUCUUUAAACAUAAACUUCCAAUCCUUAUGGUUGCUUUUGAUACAACUUUAAAAAGGAAUGAGAGACUUUAUGCUGUUGAUGCAUGGAAAAUCUUGGAUCAAAAGCGCAACUAAUGAGUUUCAAAAAAGUUGUAGAGAUUCUAGUGGAAAAUCAAAAAUUGAAGUAUGAAUCGGUUGAGAAUGUGAUAAUGAUCAGCCUCAAAAGAAUUGAAAAACUCUAACAAAAUCUUGUUUCAUUAAAAUUUGAAAUUAGUUAAUAAUUAGAUUAAUUAAUCAGAAAUGUUGAUGAAUAGAAAAAUCAUAUAAUACAAACUGGAUAAUAAAAUGUUGCCUAUAGGUUUUAUGAUGAAUUGGAUAAUCUAGUUAAGGAAAAAAGAUAGGAAAUAUCAAUGAAACACAGGAGAUUACAAGAGAGCAAAUAUUAAUAAGAUAAAUUAUGA